AUGACGUUAAAGUUUCCCGGCUGGGCCAUAGCUUUCAGGGAACUGGCGGCAGCUACCGUCAAGUCUCCUCCGCCCUGCAGCAUCAACAAAGGCGCCAACCGGCCGGGGCUAUCCGGUGGGCACAACGGUGGAAGUCAGUCGUCGCGGAAUCGCUCCUGCCUCUUCCCAGGAUGUGACGCUCGGCCCGACUACGGCCUGCCGGGUGCAACGCGCGCCGUGUACUGCUUCUCCCACAAGAAGGGCCCAAUGGUGCAACUCUUCAAGGAAACCCCUGCCCUUCCAGACAAUCCUGGGAAGGCAACCACGGGCAAACCUCGCAGCCAGGCUCCCACUGAACCAGCAGCAGCAGCUGCAUCAGUUGGAACAAAGAAUCCCCGAGCCCCGAGUAACAUAGAUCGCAACGCGGCUAAGAAAGCGCGACGAGGGCAACAGGAAACGGAGGAAGACAAUGACGCCGAUGUCUCAGGCACGCACAGAAGCAAAAAGAGGAGUUCGGGCGGAAAGGACGAACGGGGCGCGAUUUCCAGCUCCACGGUGGCUGGGGAAAACCUGACGAAAACGACCGCUAAGACUUCUGCACCGUCCUUCCCAUCUCCAGCUCCUGCCGCCGAAGCCAACCCCCCGUCUUCUCCCAAUAACCGGCUGGCCGACUCGUCGGGGAUGGCCCCAUCCGUAGAGUUUCUCGUACUUAGGCAGGCGAGGGAGGAUGCCAAGACGGAGGCCGAGGCCAGCGGCCUGGGGAGAAGACCCCGCGCGCCGUCACGGCGGGCCCUGGAAGCGGCGGGCCGGCUGAAGGGCACCGGUGCACAAUGGAUGAGUCGCGAGAAGAAGGCGGAGGAUCUGAGACUCAAGGCGGAGCUGAGGCAGCAACGGAAGCAGUACCAGGCGGCAGGCCUGAAGUCUGGCGUUGUGCUAGAGAUGUUCGUACCGGAGGCGACCGGGACCGAGGCAGCGGGUGAUGGGAUCGAGGAGAGGGAUGGGGAGGUACGAGGAGAGGGGGGUGCAACGACGCUCAGAGGCAGUAACCCCGGAUGGCAGAAGGUCUCGCCAGAAGUUCUCUCAGCGCCUUCUUCAAAGCAGCAUGGUACGGGACAGAGGGAAGAAACGUCCGUAGGAAGAGGACAGAAGCCUUCAAAGCAAGCCAGGUCCACCGCAGUAGCGGAGAGCGGUUAG